GGGGUGACGUAAACACAGUUAGCUGAAGUGGUGUGCUUUGUCGAAUCAAGAGUGUCACCAUGUUCCACGGAAUACCUGCAACCGGUGGAAUGGGAGGAGCUCCCGCAAACAAACCAGAACUGUACGAGGAAGUGAAACUGUACAAAAACGCAAGAGAAAGAGAAAAGUAUGACAAUAUGGCAGAGCUGUUUGCUGUAGUGAAGACACUCCAGGCCUUGGAGAAAGCAUACAUUAAGGACUGUGUAACCCCCAAUGAAUACACGGCAGCCUGUUCUAGAUUGCUUGUCCAGUACAAGGCUGCUUUCAAACAAGUUCAGGGUUCAGAUGUGGGAUCCAUUGAUGAAUUCUGCAGGAAGUACAGACUCGACUGCCCACUGGCAAUGGAAAGAAUCAAAGAGGACCGGCCAAUCACCAUCAAGGACGACAAAGGCAAUCUAAACCGCUGUAUUGCGGAUAUAGUGUCUCUCUUUAUCACAGUGAUGGACAAGCUACGACUGGAGAUUCGGGCCAUGGAUGAGAUCCAGCCUGACCUGAGAGAACUGAUGGAGACCAUGAACAGAAUGAGCAACAUGCCCCCUGAUUUUGAGGCCAAGGACAAAGUCUCUCUGUGGUUGACCACUCUAAGCAGUAUGUCUGCCUCUGAUGAACUGGAUGACUCUCAGGUUCGACAGAUGCUGUUUGACCUUGAAUCAGCCUACAACGCCUUCAACCGUUACUUACACUCCUCCUGAACAACUCUCAUCCACAGCUGCUCUGUUCUUUAUGUCUCUGCUCUUUGUUUUGAGAAAUACUACUUUUUUUUUACUCAUCUGUGAAAUCUCACCAUUGAAUCCCAACUGUAGUCUGUGGAGCAUUUAAUGGUCGAAACCUUAUGAUCUGUUGGGGUAUGGAAUUGAUUAACGCGAUUUUUUUUCUCUCCAUAGUUAGGUAGGACAUUUUGGCGGUACUGGCCUUUUUUUUUUUUUUUUUGUAAAUCACCUGGCCAAGAACUGCAGCUGAUCAGGGUGUAGGGUGUAUGUCCUGAGAACAAACAAAACGUGCUAGAAGAAAGAGUAGUCCUUUUUUUUCCAACAAUAGAGAAAAACCUUUUCUGUACAGUAUCAGCGUUUCCUAAACCUCUCCUCAUUUUACCCACAAACAUUUGAAAAGUUUGAAAUGUUUGUUUUUUUUUUCUUUUAAGUAUACCUGGUUGACAUUCCCAUUAACUUAUGAAGGCUUUAAACCAGUGUAGUCAGAGGUAAUGUUUGAGAGAAAGAGCAGAUAUGUGAGAUGCAGAGGGGGUCCAUCAGGAUAGGUUUAGGUUUAAAGGCUGAUCCAUAUGAAAAAGAGGUGGGGCAGAUGGUGUUUGGAAAUUUUAUAUGUUGAGAUUUCACCAUCAAAAGCCUUGUUGAGCUGUCCCUGUUAAAAGAAAAAAAAAAAGCAUUACUUUUGGAAUUUGGGAAUAUGAUAUGAAAUGAUGUGUUGAGCUCUUUUGAGCUGUGGAUGGCAUUUGUAUCCUUAAAAAAAGAGUUAAAAUGGUUGUAAAUAGAAUGAGAGGUAAUUCUUGUAGUUUUUUUUAGCUGACUUGCUAGCACAUCAUUUGAGAAUUAUUCUGUUAUUAAUAUAUAGGAGAUAAAAUCAAAAGGGAUUUUUCAUGGUUUGAAAUUUCUUAAGAGGACAAUUAGGCAAAUUUUACUGUGUCUUACUUUUAGGCAAAAAUUGAUUCAGUGAGUUGAAGCUUUCUUAAGAUACUCAACAGCAAUUUAGUAUUCAAAUCAAAAUGAUCAGUCACUUGAAGUGUACUGCAGACAUUCAUAAUGCAUCAUUUAUUCAAAGUGUUUUGGUGGUGUCUGAAAAGCAGAAAAUGUAAGAUACACAAGUCCGGGGAACAUGGAUGUGAUAGUGUGUUGUCAAGCUUCUGUAAACAGUAGAAUCAGGUGUGUUCAGUUUAGCAGUUUUUCUUGUAUGAAAACAGUUCUGCGAUAUUGUUGUUGUCUUGAAUAACCAUGCACACCAGGUAUACUGUAUACAGCCAAAGCCUUUGACUGCUUGGCCCUGAUGGUUGCCUUUCUGCCUCAUUAACAUUCAGUGUUGGGUCAGGAUUUUUUUUUGUUCAAUGCAUAAAUAUUUACUCCUAUUGAUUUACAUGAACAGAUAUCCUAAAUUUGGUAACAGCACUUUUGUAACCAUUGGGAAAUACUGAUGCAAUAUACCCAACGCUGGCUGGUGAACUAAAUAUGCUGUUUGGAAUUAGAAGGUUUUAACCCUUUUUUUUUUUUUUUUUUUGCUCACUGAUAUUUCUGAAGUACUAAUUACUUUCUUUUCCCAUGUUAUAUCAGUUCGUUCCUGAAAUUGCUUUUUUUUAUGGCUAUAUCAGUGAAGCCUGGUAAAACUUGUUCUUUUUACUCUUCUGUCCCUUGGAUGAAGUUUAUUUUUCACUCCUCGUCUUGAGAGUUAUUUAUUUAAGGUUGAUCGUUGUAAAUAAGUAUGCCGUUUCGAAUUAAAGCAUGUAAUUCCUUUUAGAGAGAAAUAAAAAUACAUUUAA